GCUCCAAGCAGAGGAAAAUUGCAUCAGACUAACCAAGAUUGAUUAUUGUAAAUGGAACAUCCUGUGGAAAUGCUGUUAAUCAAAGAAGAGAAGGAGAAUUUGGAGGAGGAUCUUUUUGAAAACAAAGAUGAAGAGACUUUAUUUGCAGAUCCCUUAGAAGUCAAGACAGAACCAGGAUUGUUUAACCAUAAUGAAUUUGUUGUGAAUUGUUCAUCCCGAGCUAUUAAGAACGAGGACAGCUCUCCAAGCUGUGAAGAUGAAAUUGAAAAGGUCUAUAUUGCUGAAGAAAAUAGGCAUUUGGAUAGAACAGAAUUAUUUUCGAAAAGAAGCAAUACAGUAGGGAAGCGAAUAACUUGUGAUGAAUGCCAAAGGACAUUUUCACAGAUGUGUGACCUGAAAUCCCACAUGAGAACUCAUACAGGAGAGAAACCAUAUACUUGCUCUAUAUGUCAAAGAAGUUUUUCUCAAUCAGGUUAUUUAAAAAAACACAUGAGAACUCAUACGGGAGAGAAAAAGUUCACUUGCUCUGUAUGUCCAAGAAGUUUUUCUCAAUCAAGUGAUCGCAAAAGACACAUGAGAACCCAUACAGGAGAGAAACCUUAUAAUUGCUCUAUAUGUCAAAGAGGUUUUUCUCAAACAAAUGAUCUCAAAACACACAUGAGAACUCAUACAGGAGAGAAACCUUAUACUUGCUCUAUAUGUCAAAGAGGUUUUUCUCAGCAAAGUGAUCUCAAAAUACACAUGAGAACUCAUACUGGAGAGAAACCAUAUACUUGCUCUAUAUGUCAAAAGAGUUUUUCUCAACCAAGUCAUUACAAAACUCACAAUCAUGAGAACUCUUAUACAGAGAGAAACUUUAUCAUUGCUCUCGUAUGUCACAAAGAAGUUUUUCUGUAUCAGGUGCUCUCACAACAACAUGAGAACUCAUACAGGAGAGAAACCAUAUACCUCCCUCACUAUGUGAAAGAAGUUUUUCUCGAUCAGUGCUACUCACAAAACACAUGCAAAUUCAUACAGGAUAGAAACAGUUCUCUUGUUUUGUAUGUCAAAGAAGAUUUUCUGCUUCAAAUUUUCUCAAAACACACGAGAAUUCCUACUAGACAGAAACUGUAUACUUGA